GAUACACUCCUCGAUCCCCGUGCCUCCCGUGGAAGGUCCCACCCCGGGAAGGGAAAGUGGCGCCGAUGUCCGGCGGCGGCUUAGAUGACGGCUGUCUGUCGGUGGAGCCUGAGGAGGAGGCGGUGGUAGCCUGCGAGGCUCUCCGUCUGCUGCGGAUCGAGCCCUCGGCCGUCAGCCCCGGCGCGGGGCGGGCGGGCAGCGCGGCGCGGUGUUCGAGAAAUGUGAUGCGGAAGCGGAGGCGCUGGGAGCGGGUGUUGGCGGCCAAGAAGAGCAAGAGGCCGCAAGAGCGGGAGAGGAGCAGGGCCCAGCAGGCUGGUGGCGCAGGAGCUGCCAGUCGGGACUGCGGGAAGGCCCCGGCCGCCCUCGCGAAGGAGCGCCUUCUGCAGGCCAAGACGUCGGGGCCCCGGCUCUGCGUGGACCUCGGGGUGGCCGACUGCAUGACUGAGAAGGAAACAAGCCGCCUCGCCUCCCAGAUCAGGAGACUCUAUGGGGCCAACAGGCGGGCUGAGAAGCCAUUUUGGCUCUGUCUGACGGAGUUUGUUGUGGGCUCGUUGAUCUAUGAGGAGUGUUUUCGCAUGAACGACGGCUUCUCCAAUUAUUUGAUGGAUACAACUCAAGAAAGUUACUUGGACCUGUUUCCUGUAGAUUCAAUUGUUUAUCUCACUCCUGACUCUGAGAAUGUCCUUGAAGAUAUUGAUCCAAAUAAAGUAUACAUCCUUGGAGGUCUGGUGGAUGAAAGUAUUCACAAGAAGCUGACUCUGCAAAGGGCACGAGAGCAGUCCUUGCAAACAGCCCGUCUCCCCAUUCGCGAGUACAUGGUGAAAGCUGUUAACACCAAGAACUACCACUCAGAGACACUGGCAAUUAAUCAAGUCUUUGAUAUCUUGUCAACUUACUAUGAGACUCGAAGCUGGCCAGCAGCCUUGAAAGCUGGAGUUUCUUCUGGAAAAGGCUAUGUGCUGCCAGAGGCCGUGAAAUAAGUGAAAACACCUCAGCAUGAUAAUGCACAAGAAAAUUCUUUAUUUUGUAAUGUUAAAGAGCUGUGCAGACAAGAGAGACAAACUCCGUAUUUUGAGCAGAGGCACCAGCAUGAAUAUGCAUAGAGAGGAUAGCUCUGCUUAAAUCUUGUUCAAGGACCCUAUCAAGAGUGAUGCAUUUCGACUCAGCAGUACAAUGCUGGAAAAUACUUUUUCCUCUCAAACAGAAAACAUAAGCAGCCCUGGGAUCAAGUGAAAACUGACAGGAAUUCAGUUCUACUUCUUUACAGAUGCUUGUUAAUGUUUCUGACUCUUGCAUCUACACUUGUUCUGGGGCAGCAAGGAGUGCUUUAAUGUAUUUCUUUCAUCUUGCUAAAACAGUAAGUAAGGUGAAGUUAAAAUUGCAAAGCUCCCUGGUGAGGAAAAUUUCUUCCCAUGGAAAAGGACAAUACUAUUCCAAUUGGGGAGCACAAGAUGGGAUUCCCAGAUGGAGAAACAGUUUCCAGGUGCACUAUGUCCUAACAACUUUAAAUCAGUUGAAGACUCGGGGAGUUGUUGAAGCCUAUAGCUAAUCCUGUGCUUCUAUUUUAAAAACCUAAAAUAAAAUGUUUACUCUUAAA